AGCAGUUUGCGCAUGCGCGCCGAACUAUAGCAGCGCAAUGCACCAUGGGACUUCCUUUCUCUCCGAGGCCAUAUUUGUGUUGACUGAACGUCGGCCGGUUCGGAUUAAACCGCAAACAUGGUGGCCGCUAAGAAAACGAAAAAGUCCAUGGAGUCCAUCAACUCCCGGCUGCAGCUGGUGAUGAAGAGUGGGAAGUACGUGCUGGGAUACAAGCAGUCCCAGAAGAUGAUCCGCCAGGGCAAAGCCAAGCUGGUGAUCCUGGCCAACAACUGCCCCGCUCUCAGGAAAUCUGAGAUUGAGUACUACGCUAUGCUGGCCAAGACUGGUGUCCAUCACUACAGUGGAAACAACAUUGAGCUUGGCACGGCCUGUGGAAAGUACUACAGGGUGUGCACGCUGGCAAUCAUCGACCCCGGCGAUUCUGACAUCAUCAGGAGCAUGCCAGAUCAGCAGCAGCAGGCUCAGUAGAGCGCUCUCUCACGCGUUGUUAUAAAUAAAAGGAAAAAAAAUUGGA